AUGAAACGUGUUAUCGACACUGUUGUACAUUUGGGAAAGCAGGGACUUGCUUCCAGAGGGCAUCGAGAAUCGCUAAUUGAUGACCCAGAAGCAAACAAAGGAAAUUUUCUAGAGUCGCUGAAUUACCUGUCGACCUUACGAUAUAACAAGUUAACAACUGCGAAUCAUCUUGAAAAGGUUAGAAAUCAACAAGCUAUAUCGAGAAGAAAGGGCGGGGAAAAAGGUGCCAAAGGACGGGGUUCGAAACUAACUUUCCUCAGCAACGAUACGCGAGAGAAUAAUGUAAUCAAAAUUAUUGGAAGAGAAAUCGCCUCGCAAAUUGUCAAAGAAAUCGGUAAUUGCAGAGCAUGGGCAUUAAUAGCCGACACAAUACCGGAUGUCAGUCACCACGAGCAGCUUAGUAUUUGUGCAAGGAUCGUUAAUCGUAAUGGGAAAUGCUCCGAGCAUCUUUUGUCUUGCAAAAGAGCUUCCGGUACAAGAGCAAUGGAACUAUAUACAAUCUAA